UCUUUCCUGCAGAAACGGCAGAUCUGUGAGAUCUGCCUGCCCCUGCUCUUCGCCGCCAUCCUGAUAGCGCUGCGGCACCGGGUGCACUCCAUCAGCCACCCCAACGCCACCGUCUACCCCCCCGAGAGCGUGGAUGACCUGCCAGGGUUCUUCUACCGCCGGCACGCCAGCAACCCCUGGGAGCUGGCGUACGUCCCGUCCAACAGCAGCGCCGUCAGGAGCAUCGCCGAGGCGGUGGAGAGAACAUUACCCAUCAACAUCAGAGCUCAGGGCUUUGCCUCGGAGCGGGACUUUGAGGAGUACAUCAAGUCAGACAACCGCUCGGGCAGCGUGCUGGCCGCCGUCGUCUUCAAGCACCGCUUCCCUCGCAGCACCGCCCCGCUGCCCCUCCAGCUGCCCGGGCCCCGCGAGGCCAAGUUUGCUGAUGGGGGGACACCGGGCUAUCUCCGGGAUUUCCGGGCGGUGCAGCACGCUGUGGACCGGGCCAUCAUGCUGCACCACGCGGGCACCCGCGCCGCCGGGCUGCUGGAGAACGUCACGGUGGCGGUGCAGCGCUUCCCCUACCCCGCCUACGUCAACGACCUCUUCCUGCUGGCCAUCCAGAACCAGCUGCCCCUGCUCCUCAUGCUCAGCUUCACCUACACCUCCCUCAACAUUGUCCGCGCCGUCGUGCACGAGAAGGAGAAGAAGCUCAAGGAGUACAUGCACAUGAUGGGCCUCAGCAACUGGUUGCACUGGAGUGCCUGGUUCCUCAUGUUCUUCCUCUUCCUCCUGGUGUCCGUGUUCUUCGUCACCGUGCUCUUCUGUGUCCAGGUGAGCGAGCAGGGAGCUGUGCUCACCAACAGCGACCCCACGCUGGUCUUCACCUUCCUUGCCAUCUUCUCCAUCUCCUCCAUCUCCUUCAACUUCAUGGUGAGCACCUUCUUAUCCAGCGCAAACGUCGCAGCUGCCGCUGGCGGCUUCCUCUACUUUUUCUCCUACAUCCCUUACUUCUUCAUCUCGCCCCGCUACGACCUGAUGUCCCACAGCCAGAAGCUGGCGUCCUGCCUCAUCUCCAACGUGGCCAUGGCCAUGGGCGCCCAGCUCAUCGGCAUGUUCGAAGGGAAAGGGACUGGCAUUCAGUGGAGGGACCUCAUGAAGCCCGUCAGCGUGGAUGACAACUUCACCUUGGCCCAGGUGCUGGGGAUGCUGCUGCUGGACUCGGUGCUCUACGGCCUGGUGGCCUGGUACGUGGAGGCUGUCUUCCCGGGGGAGUACGGCGUGCCGCAGCCCUGGUACUUCUUCUUGACGCCCUCGUACUGGUGCGGGCGCCCGAGGACCGUCGUGGGAAAAGAGAAGGAGGAGGAGGAGGACCCCGAGAAAGCCCUGAAGAGCCAGUACAUUGAGGAGGAACCUGCCGACCUUGUGUCAGGAAUCAAAAUAAAGCGUCUUUCCAAGGUCUUCAAAGUGGGCAACAAGAUGAAAGAGGCAGUGAAGGACCUAACAGUGAACAUGUACGAGGGGCAGAUCACCGUCCUGUUGGGACACAAUGGUGCUGGGAAGACCACCACGCUGUCCAUGCUCACGGGUCUGCACUCCCCGACGAGCGGGCAGGCGUACAUCAACGGCUACGAGAUCUCCCAGGACAUGGUCCUGAUCCGCCGCAGCCUCGGCCUGUGUCCCCAGCACGACGUCCUGUUCGACAACAUGACGGUGGAAGAGCACCUCCGCUUCUACGCCGGGGUGAGCACCGGCUUCCCAGCCUCCAAGUGCCCCGAGGAGAUCAACCACAUCCUGAGGAUCCUCAACCUGGAGGACAAGCGCCGCUCCCUGACCAAGGCGCUCUCCGGCGGCAUGAAGCGCAAGCUCUCCAUCGGCAUCGCCCUCAUUGGGGACUCCAAGGUGAGCAUCUUGG